UACAUACUGUCCAUGUCAUUCUCUGUACUGAAUGUUGGAAAGCUAAUGUUAAGAAUAAUGCAAUGAUGGAUGUGGAUUUAUUAAGACCAGGCACUGUGCCGAUAUCUCCUGACACGAUUCUGUGGUUCGAAUUUUUAUUAAACCCAUCGUUGCUGCAACAACAUUUAUCUAAGCCUUUCCCCGAUCCCUCGGCAACAGAUUUAAUAAUUAAGUUCAUGACAAUAAAUUCAGAGCAGAAGGAAAAUGAAGUGAAGAUCAUUGAUGCAGAAUCGAACGAUGUAAAACCUAGCAGUACAAACAAGUGGACUCACAGAAAUCUGGCCCUGAAGAUCCUCUCUUUGAAAGUAGCAGCUUAUUUAAAAUGGGAUUUGGACGUAUUAGAAAGAAAAUUGCCUUUGCCAAUACAAUUGACAUUACUGCAAGAUCUCUUCUAUAUAACAGCAGAUUUAACUGUUGAAAUACCAACAGUACCUGAGUUUGCGAUGCAAUCUGUUUCUGAUCAACUAUUAUUCACUAUUGUUUUGUAUCAUAGGUGGCACAUAAGGGCCAUUAUUUACAGAGCUUUAAAUAACAAGCAAUCGAAGCUGCAGUUCCUUCACAUUCCAGGUGUCCAAGAAUCAACGUAUGUACCGCCAGGGAUAAUAGAUGACAUAAUCAGAAAGUUAGAGCCUCAAGUAUCUAACAGUGUGAAAGUUUUAAACAAUGUCCUUGAAGCUACAGACAUAAGUCCGAAAAUGUUAUCCUGCGAAACUUUUCAAAUGUUGACCGAGGACAGUACUGAGAUUAAACAAAACUGGGAGAAUAUGCAUCCUAUAAACUUAGAUGAAUUCAAGUGCCAAAUACAUUAUGAUCUGGCAAGGUUUCAUUUAUUGAAGGAAGAGUACCAGGAAGCGAAAUCCCAUAUUGCAAAAGCCAAGGAAUUGUUUCACAAUCUCAGUAACUCGGAAGACAGGCUGUACUGUAAGAUUCAAAAGGAAUUUAUCGACGGUUGUUGCUUAGCAUGCGAAGUACCUGUAGAAGGAAUUACUCCUAGCCUUACGCAACAGUUGCAAUCAUCGAUUAAAGAUCAAUAUAUUAAUAUAUUGCAAAUCCUGCAAGCAGAUAACAUUACGAGAGAAAUUCCUCAAGUUUAUAGGGACAAUCUUGAGCUCGAUGUACAAGGAGGUUCCGUUAAUCGGAAAAUCGUGGUGACUCGCGAUCUACUGCUCCAAAUCCAAUGUUUAAAUUUAGUUAGGAAAAUUCUGGACGGGAGUAUCAUACUUGGUGACUACGUAGUGGAGAUACAAGCAGCUGGUAGCAAGGGACUCGACGUAUUUUUCUGGGCUCUCGGAAGCGUUUUAGAUAAGGCUAGUGUUAUAGAUAAACAGCGGAUCUCCCGUUACCUCCUUUAUCUCGUGCACGUAAGUAAUAUCGAUGGAUUCGCUUCGAAAUUACUUAGCGAUCCAUUAUAUAUGACAUUGUUUAAUGCGGAAGAAUUGGAAGAAAUUAGGAGAUCCGCGAACGUCGAAGAACUUGAGUUGCCCGAUUUAUUAUUGAAGAACGACUGGGGUAUAUCUCUCGUAACGUAUACAAGAAGUUGGAACAUAGAGAUAUAUGAAUUAGAACAAAAAUUAAUACAAACGUACGACACCGCUGAAAUUCACGAAAUAUUGAUACGUCUGGAUGGGAAACAUCGAAUGAAACCUUUAUGGCAUGUUAAUAGUUGUUGGGAACUACCAAUUCCAUUGCAAAGUGUCGUGAUGUCCCUACCCAGAGGGUUCCUUCAAGAUUACUCAUAUGUCUUACUAGCAAAGAGUAGAGAAUUGGUGGCGUCCAAGGAUUUCGAAGGAUCGAUUGAUAUCUUAAACGUGUUAGAAAAAGAGGCGCAGCAGCAGCACGCGCAAGGUGGUAACACGCUGAUAUUUAAACUAUGUAAAUUAGUCAACUGGGAGUGUCUUCUCGUCGAGAUUUGGAGAUGCCUUUAUAUCUGGCCUGCGACAAAUAUAUGCGAUACGCAAGGGUUGGUCGCGAGGUGCAAGCAAUGCCUUGCUGCGUUACAUGCAACGGAUCAAGUGAUUCCGCGUCAAGAAAUAAUCGAAUAUUGCACCGUGUUUCUUUUGAAUAUGGCCGAAUGGGAUUAUUUGACGAACUUCGAAAAGCGAUGGAGUUACUCUGAAUUUGCUGCGGCUGUCAGUACCGUUUGCCAAGACAUUGUUAAAUAUAAAGGAGGGAGGAAAUUUCCGAGAGAAGCUUGGGACAUGAUUCUGGCUGCGUUCGGACCGGCCCGGGAUCAGCCACAGAAACGAAGCAACAGCGGUAACAGCGCAACGAGCACCGGUAGCGCUGCACGAGAUGUUAUCGCCAGUAUCGGUGGAACUCUGAGUAGAUUACGCGAGCCCAUGGUGCUUACCGUCGUCAUUUCUCUGUUAGCGCGUUUGCGAAACGUUUUGCGUGAUGAGUCCAGCCUUGAAUUGCACACGCAAUAUCUUUCCCUCUGGCCUGCCGGUGUACCAAAUGCAAAUUCUUAUAACAUCAGAAGUGUCGGUGAACUAUUAUUUCAAUUAUUAACGCAAGCUUUGAAAUAUUACCCGAGUAAUGUUCCUUGGCUAAGACUAAUGGGGGAUCUUAAUUUCGCUCUAGGAUAUUACGAAAGUGCGAUAAAAUAUUAUUUGGAAGCUAUUAUGGUAGCCAGCGACCUGUUCAGCCAGCCGGUACCGAGAUCGCAGAUCGACGAUCUGGUUUACAAGCGCAUGAUUAAAUGUUGCGCUCAUUUACAAUGCUACACACAAGCAGUCGUGUUAUGCCAAUUCUUAGAGGAAGUAGAUUAUACUUUAGCAUUUAAAAUGGCUGUGAGCGAUCAGAAGAGCUCCGCUCCGGCCGAUGCUAUGGACGCGUACUAUUACUGUAUUUGGGAUACCACGAUAUUAGAGUAUCUCAUUCAUUUACAUACGAAACGCGGUGAACAUCAUAGGAAACAAUUAGCGAUAAAAGUAAUUGGUUUAUUAGAACUAAAUUCUAACAACAACGAGGAGAUACAGAGGGAAGCGGCGAAUAUUCGGAAGGCGAAGUUUUUAAGAGCCUUGGCCAAACAUGAGUCAUCUACGAUCAGCCCUUAUCGUGGAAUACAUUGUCGUUGCGUAGUGCGAUGAGUGAAUAUUAUUGCCGUACAUAAACCUACAUAC